GCCUCCAGAGCACCCCCGACAAGGCCCAGGGGGCUCCAGGGGCCCUAACAUGGAGCGAAGGGCCAGGGCCAGGGACACCUUCGGCAGCCCCUGAAGUUUUGCCCCCCCUCCCCCCCAGGGGUGACGCUGGAGGCGCCAGUGGCCGUAGCAGGCCACGCCGUCGGCGAGAAGAGGCACGGCUGGACGUGCCUCCGCGAGGAGUACAUCGAGGAGUUCAGCUGCACUGGGUACCUGCUGGAGCACGACCGCACCGGCGCGCAGCUGAUGUCCAUGGUGCAGCCCGCGGACGAGAACAAGACCUUCGGGGUCGUCUUCCGCACGCCUCCCGAGAACUCCAACGGCAUCGCGCACGUGCUCGAGCACUCGGUCCUCUGCGGGAGCCGGAAGUACCCCGUCAACAAGCCCUUCGUGGAGCUGCUGAAGUCGAGCCUGCAGACGUUCCUAAACGCCAUGACCUUUCCAGAUCGCACUUGCUACCCGGUUGCGAGCUGCAACCUCCAGGAUUUCUACAACCUCGUGGACGUCUACCUCGACGCCGUGCUUCACCCGCGCGCGGUCCGCGACCCGCGCGUGCUCGCCCAGGAGGGCUGGCACUACGAGGUCGAGAAGCGGGGCGACCCGCUGGUGUACAAGGCCCGAUUUGAUAUCGGUCCCAUAGGUGCGACCUGA